AUCUUAGAUGGAGGGCAGGGACAUCGUGAUUAAUUGUUUCUCACUUGAGGGUCAACUUGCAAAAUUACAAUUAGUGGGAUCAAAAGCAUUUCAACUUCUUCAAAGGACAUUAAUCCCUGCUACCAGGACUAGAGAUAAUUCUUGGAAGUUGAUGAGACAUUCAGCUGCCAAGGUGGAUGAGGAUUCCCAAUCUACAAUUCUUCUUAAAAACGAGGACGAAAUUCCUUCUCAUGCAAUUUUGUCCCUUAAUGUCAAGGAUCCUCGCACAUUAACAGAGAAGGGAAACACUGCAGAUGCUCAAGAUUUAGGUUCAGCUAGUAUACUAGGUGAUGUACUAGGAACUGAAGACAAAAAGCAUGUUAUCUUUGGACGAUUUUCAGAUGAACCUGCAGGUAGUGGCAAGAUCAGAGCAAACAAUGUUAGCAGUGGAGUAAGCCCUCCAGUGGAAGAGGCUGUUCUUUGCAAGGAAUAACAUGACCAGAAUAGGAAUUUCUUCUGCCUCGAUGAUUCAAGUUCAGGGGAACUAAAUACUUCCUCCACUUCACAGGGCUCACGAUCCUGCCCGAUUAUGCUUUUGAAGAAUAGCAACGGAAGAGGCUUGCAUGUUGGAUGAUCUGUUAUACUCCCCGUAAGCAGGGUCAAGGCAUUUUGGAUUUCUCUUGUCUCUAAGGGGGCUCAUGCAAUGGGGUUGAGAGAGAAGCGCUGGAUUUCAUGUGAAGUGGGGUUACCAUAUUUUCCUUCAGAUUUUCCCGAUUGCGAUGCUUAUUUAUGCCUCAAGGAGACCGAAGCUGCUGCCUCUAAUCUUAAAGAGGAACUUCGUCCUCCAGCCAUAAGACCUUUGAGGGUUCCCAUUUUAUCCCCAUGGAAUAGUAUCCGAGUUGCUGUAAAUGAAGAAUCUAAUACAGUUGGAGAUGCUGAAAGUUUUAGGCAGCAACAUGGCAUCAGAAGCAAUUCAUCAUCUAAUUCAGACGCUGGAAAUUCUGAUGCUACAUUAGCCGCCUGUCAUGGAAAUUCAUUUGAUGGUUUUAUAGCAUGGAUGAGUUUUUCGCUGACAAAUUUCUUGAGUGAAAUUCAAGGCUGUCAUUUACGUCUGUAUCCUUAUGUCGCUGAUAAGGAGACAAGUUUCACGAAGUUUAUGAGGGAUGAAAUCAAGCUUGGUCCAGGCCAAGAUCAGUUUACUAGAUUUAAGAACAGUCAUAAACUAUUUUUUGUUAGAGUAUUACUCCAUGCUUACAAGGAAGGUUUUCUUGAAGAGGGAGCUGUAAUUUGUGCAUCUCGGCUGACGGACAUAUCACUGUGGACCAGGUAGUCAUUUUUUAUUUGAUAUCCUAUAAGCUUAUGGUUUAUAUGAUAUCCAAUAAGCUUAUGAUUGUAUUACAACGGUGGUGCUUGAAAUUUUCUCGUCUUUUAUAUACUAGUAGAGGAGAUAAUGUGACCUAUUUACAUUACGCCUCUUAUUCAGAACCUGCAUUAAUGAAAACUUUCUGAGAUUUAAUGUAACCGUUGAAAAUUUUAAUCAUGGGAGUGACUUGAAAUUUUGCGGCUAUUUUUGAAAGACUUUAUAAGUAUUUCAGAGCACCAUUCAUGCUGCAGACCAAUAAUUGUGAAAAAUAAGCUUCAUGUCUGUGUCUUGCAGGUCAAAGAGUUUUGAUGGGGGACUUCAAUUGCCUCAAUCUGCUGUGGCUUCGUACUUCGCAGAGCAAUCUUCUGGUAAGUGGGAACUCCAAAUGCCAGAGGACCCUGUUCUUAGAGAAACUUAUCGUUCGCCAAUAGGCUUCGUCACCACUCAUUUUGUUAGAUGGAGGUUAGUUCACAGCCUCUUGCCACUUUACAACGACCAUCUUUUCUUUCUAUUUUGCUAUGCAUUCAUGAUUUUCCAUGUGCUAAAUUGCAUUUUAUUUUAUAUGCAGUAAGAAGCCAGUAGCACAAGCUUUUUGCGAGGCAGUUGUACUCGCUCAUCUCAGAGAGGAAUAAUGGGAUUUGGUGCCAGCUAAGCGAAGACGAAAGGAAAUAUAUGCUCUAGUCAGGAAUUUGAGAUUUUCAGCUUAUAGACUUGCUCUUGUCACCAUUGUUCUGGAGCAUCAGGAAGAAGAUGUCGAUUUCUUGUGAGCAGCCGCAGAGUAUGUGGUUGGCUUGCGUAGCAUCACGAAACAAUGUUGUUCGAAAUUUACUUUUUACUCAACCAAAUAGUUCUAGGAAGCUUCGUGUUUUUCGUGUCUCGGCAACAUCACAGUCAUU